AUGACACAAACGCCAAUGAUUUCGGUGCCGCUCAAGGCCACGAACGAGAUUGACUGGAUCGCGCCUCUCAAAUCCUAUAUCAGAGACACGUAUGGAGACGACCCGGAACGAUAUGCAGAAGAAUGCGCGACGCUCAACCGCUUGCGCCAGGACAUGAGAGGUGCCGGCAAAGACAGCACUGCAGGAAGGGACUUGCUGUAUCGAUACUAUGGACAGCUCGAAUUGCUGGACCUGCGCUUCCCCGUUGACGAGCAACAUAUCAAGAUAUCUUUUACAUGGUUCGAUGCUUUUACGCACAAAUCCACCGCGCAAUACUCGCUUGCCUUUGAAAAGGCCUCGGUGAUAUUCAAUAUUUCUGCUGUCCUAUCUUGUCAUGCUGCAAACCAGACAAGGUCAGAAGAGUCGGGCCUCAAAGCUGCCUAUCAUUCCUUUCAAGCCUCUGCUGGCAUGUUCACCUACAUCAACGAAAACUUCCUGCAUGCGCCAUCGUCGGAUUUGAGCCGCGAGACUGUCAAGACCUUGAUAGCUAUCACACUCGCCCAGGCGCAAGAGGUUUUCUUGGAAAAACAAGUGGCAGACCAGAAAAAGGUCGGUAUGCUGGCCAAGCUGUCCAGCCAGGCAGCAUAUCUCUACUCGCAAGCCGUCGAGGGCACACAAGAGAACGUCAACAAGGCCAUCUUUGAAAAGGUCUGGCUUCUGUUUGUUCAAAUCAAAUAUAAUUUGCUGUCAUCACUUUCACAGUACUAUCAGGCCAUUGCCGAUACGGACGCAAACUCGCACGGAGUAGCUGUCGCAAGACUCAAGGCAGCGGAAGGACAAGCAAAAGAGGCGAAUCGCGUGGCUUCCAGCUUUCCUAGCACCAUGCCUCCUAGUUCGAACUUGAGUGCAGAAACUGGAGCCCUUUUAGCUGAUAUCACGAAACGAAACCUCACCACAAUUCAAGAAAAGCUCCAAGAGCUCAACAAGGACAACGACUACAUCUACCAUCAGCCAGUACCAGCUGAAGCCAGUCUCGCACCGGUGCCCAAGUUGCCGGCAUCGAAACCGAUACCUGUCAGCGAAUUGUAUGCCGGACAAGAUAUCCAACGCAUCACUGGGCCCGAUCUUUUUGCCAAGAUUGUGCCUCUAGCAGUUACUGAAUCCGCGAGUCUAUAUGAUGAGGAAAAGGCCAAACUAAUACGAGCAGAGUCGGAAAGAGUCGACCUGGCUAACAGCGAGAUGGCUGCUAGUCUCGACUACCUACGUCUUCCUGGUGCGUUGCAGGUACUAAAGGGUGGCUUCGACCAAGAUAUUCUUCCCGAUGAGGAUUUCCGGACGUGGUGUGAUGAUGUCGCAGGGCACGAGAAUCCGAUUUCCAUAUUUGACACGUUGCGGAUAGACAAGGAUUCAAUCAUCAACAUCUUGGACAGGAGCUCGAAACAACUUGACAUGGAGGAGAGCGUUUGCGAAAAGAUGAGGUCCAAGUAUGAGAGCGAGUGGACGCAACAACCGAGCUCAAGACUUACAACCACGCUGAGGGGAAACAUUCGCAAUUACCGCGAGGCUCUGGACGAAGCCUCCCGAAGUGAUGGGCAGCUGUAUGCCAAACUCAGACAAAACGAGAACGAUUUCGAGGAUAUGCGCGUAGCUGCACAGAGGGGGGAUGCGGAUGCCCUGUUCCAGCGUGCUGUCAGUCAGGUGCGGACCAAGUCGAGCAACGCGACGAGUCCAGCAGGUGGAGAAGCAUCCUUGCUAGAUGAUGAUUUUGGGGAUGAUAGCCCAAGCGUGAUGGAGCAGAUCAACCGAGUCGAAGAGAUCUUGAAGAAGCUCAAUCUGAUCAAGAGAGAGCGGAAUCAAGUGCUCAAAGAUCUCAAGGAUAAGGUGCACAAUGAUGACAUCUCACAAAUUCUCAUCUUGAAUAAGAAGUCUAUACCAAACUACGAACAGCAGCUCUUUCAGUCCGAAUUGGAGAAAUUCCGACCGCACCAAAAUCGUCUACUGCAGGCCAAUCAUAAGCAAGCAUCCUUGAUGAAGGAGCUCACUGCAACCUUCAACAACUUGCUGCAAGACAAGCGCGUGCGUGCUGAGCAGAGCAAAUACGAAUCUAUUCAGCGCCAAAGAUCGACGGUAGUGAAUAGGUACAAGAGAGCCUACCAAGAUUUCCUAGAUCUUGAGGCCGGCCUGCAGAGCGCCAAGAGAUGGUAUUCAGAAAUGAAGGAGACUGUGGACAGCCUCGAAAAGAAUGUGGAUACGUUUGUCAAUAACCGCCGUUCCGAGGGCGCCAAUCUCCUCAACCAGAUUGAGCAGGACAAGGCAGCGAACAAGAGUCAACAAGCGGAAAUAGAGCAACAGAGGCUGCGCGGUCUCAUGGAGAGGAUGUCAAUGGAUCCGGCGACUUCUCCGCCACCCAAGCCGGGAUCGACAAGACCGACGCCAGCUCCGUUGAACUUUUCCCAGGCGCAAAGCCCUUAUUCUCAGCAGAGUAGUACACCUCGUUACCCAACAACAUCCUUCAACGGCCAGUAUCAAACCACCUCGCCACCACCAAGUCAAUCGACGUAUACAACAUUUUCCAGUCCACCACCGAAUCCUUCCUUCACAUCUACACCACAGCCACAAGUUCAAGCAUAUGGACAACAAGCAGCCUACAACCCCAGCAAUUGGGGUCGCAAUCCAGGUCCAACAUCGCCACCGCCGAACCAGACAACAUUCGGAAUGAGCGCGAGAGGACCGGCAUCUCCGCCACCGACACAGACUAGUUUUGGUCAGAGCCAACCGUACAACACCUACGGCAACCCGCAAAUGCACCAACAACAACAUCAGCAGCAGCAGUCUCAAGGUCAAUAUGCGCCAAUCGGAUUCGUUCCGCCGCCGCCGCCACCUGGACCGCCGCCGUUGGGCCCGCAGCAGACGGUUCAUUAUCCAGGACAACAGGGACAGGCAGAUUAUUACGGACAGCAACAGAAUACAGCGCCCCGAAGCGCACAGCAGCAGCAACAAUCGGACCCAUGGGCAGGAUUAAGUCAGUGGAAAUAG